CUGAUAUUCAACCCUCUCCGAUUAUCGACGACGCACAACGCUGACGCCGGCAGACGACAAUGGCUCCCCGCGCGAGCUCACCGGCGCUAUCGGAGAACGAGUUCGACAUUGGGGACGCUCUCUUCGGGAAUGAGGAUGUUAAUGGGCAAGGGAAGGCACAGGGAGUCGAUUUGGAUAUUGGCAUCGGUGAGGGCUCAGAAGAUGACGAGGCUUUUAUUGCAGCAACACAAGCUGCGUCGAACCGGAAAGCCUCUAAUCUGAAAGGAAAGACUGUGAAGAAAGGCGGGGGAUUCCAAGCCAUGGGCUUGAAUGCUGCAUUGCUCAAGGCAAUAACGAGAAAAGGCUUCCAGGUCCCGACGCCCAUUCAGCGAAAAGCGGUACCCCUCAUACUUGCUGGAGACGACGUAGUUGGGAUGGCGAGAACGGGGUCGGGCAAAACAGCCGCCUUCGUGAUACCGAUGAUUGAGAAACUCAAGGCACAUAGCGCUAAAGUGGGCGCACGCGGAGUUAUUCUCUCUCCAUCGAGAGAGCUCGCGUUACAGACCCUGAAAGUAGUUAAAGAGCUGGGUCGGGGGACCGAUCUUAGGACCAUUUUGUUGGUUGGCGGCGAUAGCCUGGACGACCAAUUCAGCUCGAUGACCACAAAUCCCGACAUCAUCAUUGCAACUCCUGGAAGAUUCCUUCACCUGAAAGUCGAAAUGGGUCUCGACCUGUCCUCUGUAAAAUACAUCGUCUUUGACGAGGCUGACAGGCUCUUUGAAAUGGGAUUUGCUCAGCAGCUGACCGAGAUCCUCUAUGCCCUUCCUACUUCAAGGCAGACACUCUUAUUUUCGGCUACUCUUCCGAAAACGUUGGUCGAAUUCGCCCGUGCCGGCCUCCAGGAGCCGAAACUCAUCCGACUCGAUGAUUCCAAGAUCUCGCCAGAUCUGGAAAGUGCUUUCUUUACUGUCAAAAGCGCCCAAAGGGAUGGAGCUCUGCUCUAUAUACUGGACAAGGUCAUCAAAAUGCCUCUUGGUGAGACGGAGGUGGCGAAGAAAGCAAAAGAGGCCGGCUCAAAAUCAAAGAAGCGGAAGCAUGCCGAGGUUUCAAACACCAUCGAGACGCCAAAUGCCAAAUCCACUAUUAUUUUUGGUGCUACGAAGCAUCGGGUGGAAUAUCUCUCUGCCCUUCUGCGUUCCGCGGGGUAUCCUGUUUCGUAUGUUUAUGGAAAUUUGGAUCAGACAGCCCGAAAGGCCCAGGUCCAGGAUUUCAGAGCAGGCCUAACACGGAUUUUGGUUGUUACGGAUAUCGCAGCCCGCGGUCUCGAUUUGCCUUAUCUUGGAAAUGUUAUCAACUAUGACAUGCCCGCGCAGCCGAAGAUUUUCGUCCAUCGUGUAGGUCGCACUGCUCGUGCUGGACGAAAGGGGUGGAGUUAUAGCUUGAUAAGAGACACCGAAGUCCCAUACCUGGUUGACCUCCAACUGUUCCUCGGCAAUCGUCUAGUACACGAUAGAACCUCAGGUGGAGGUCCAACAGACUAUGCUCAGGAUGUGGUGAUAGGUGGCUUUAUUCAGGACGAUCUCGAAGCCAUGGUCGAAAUGGUCGAUCGUCUCCGGGAUCAUAACGAUGAUUUGAUCGGUCUGGAAGCUGUCGCCGCUAAGGGUGAGCAGCAAUACAUGAGGACUCGCAACUCGGCUAGUAGCGAGUCCGUAAAGCGAGCGAAGCAACUACUAGCGGCUGGAAGCCUUCAGAGCAUACACCCUCUCUUCGGCGAUGACGUGUACGAUGCUUUACGCGAGAAAGAGAAAUUGCUGGCCAAGAUCUCUUCGUUCAGGCCUACCGAGUCUGUCUUUGAGAUGGGCCAGCGUGGCAGUACUAGCGAAGCUGCCGAAGUCAUGCGUCGACGAAGAGCUCGGAUGGAGAAAUCGAAGAAGAAACAGUCGCCUGAGCCUACCAGCACUUCGCAAAGCUUGGAUAAAGGAGCGAUUCCGCCCCUGGAGGCAGAGAGUCUCCAAGUGGGGUCCGAGGAGGCCGAUGAAUUCGAGGCUCUGGAGUCCGGAUCUGAUGCUGAUGAGCUCGAAAUCUCCGUGUCAGAGCCUACAUCACACAAAGCUGGGGUGCACGUUUGGCAAAGUUCCGAAUUCUUCAUGUCAUAUCAACCGAAAGGCCUGAAUACAGCGGAAGAGAGGGGAUACGGCGUCCACACAGGCUCGUCUGACCCGACACGUCAAAACACAAGUUUCGUCGAAAGUGCCCGGGCGGCGCAAAUGGAUCUCACGAACGAUGAGACCAAGGGCUUUGCGGAACCCAGUAGAGCUCGUGGUAUGCGGUGGGACAAGAAGGCCAAGAAAUACGUUGCUAGAGCAAACGAUGAAGAUGGCUCGAAAGGGAAGAAAAUGGUACGGGGCGAGAGUGGUCUCAAAAUCGCUGCGAGCUUCCGGAGCGGGCGAUUCGAUGAAUGGCGCAAGUCGAACAAGAUUGGUCGAUUACCGCGAGUUGGCGAAAUGGAGGCGUCGAAUCGAGCAAUGGCGCCUCUCAAUAGCGGUCGUCACUACAAACACAAAGCGGAAAAAGCACCCAAGGAGGCGGAUCGAUACCGCGAUGAUUACUAUGUUCAGAAGAAGAAGGUCGAAGAGGCGAAGCAGAAGCGGAUCGGUAAAUUCAGGGAUGGUGGCGCACAGAAUGAACUGAAAGGCGUUGAUGACGUCCGGAAACAACGUCAGCUCAAGGAGAAGCGCCGCGAGAAGAAUGCAAGGCCCUCCAAGAAGAGAAGACUCUGAGCUGAACGCCUCAUUCAGCGUGUUGGACUCAAACAUUGAGCGUCAGCCCUGUUGUCGCGCAAGCACAUGCCAAGCAAUAACUAUCACGACAUCUUACCGCGUAUUAGCGCCUAAACUAGGACGGGGCAGACGCGGGAUUAUCAUUACGUCCCGCUGCCGACCUUCCCUGCAUAAGGGUUCAAAUUUUUAAGGCCGUCGUGCCGUCAUCGUCUCCAUCCAGCAAGUCUUCGGCAGCAUGCAAGGCAGCACACCGCGCCACAAACGGGCAUGCUGAGAUUAUUGAAAAGUCACUAUUCCGGACUUGGACCAACUCCGCCGUCCUUCAUAUGCGCAAACGAGACCAAUAGUGUUAGGAAGUUGUGGCUUUGAUUAUCAUAAAGCAAAUCUACGGUAGUCGAUAGCUUCAGUAGGCAUGUCACCACAACGUUGAUGUAUUGCCCAGCAUGUUGGUUCGAGGCGCUACCGACGCGG